UUUUCUAAUUAUAUUUAGUUUUGAUUGUGAUGUUCAGGAAAAGAAAAAGAUGAUUGAUGAUGAAGCUUUGGGAUUCAUUGCCAACUCUCUUGGCAUUUUCAUUUUUGCUUUGGUUAUAGCAUAUCAUUUGGUUAUCGCCGAUCCCAAAUAUGAAGCCAAUUAGAUACUAUCAUUAUCAUGUAUUCAAGACACAAUUUUGUUGGAUUCAGUUUUGUUGAUCCAUCUGGUUGAUGAGUUUAUUUAUAAAAACAUUUUGUAGCUUAUAACACCUAAUAAAAUUCUGAGUAUUUGAAAGUUGGUAUUUAACCAUAUUUCAUUGCCAUUGGUUUAUAUUUGAUAUUUCUCAUGUUAGUGUUUAUAUUACCAAGUACUAGUAUUUAUGGUAGUUAAUGCAUGUUCCUGAAAAUACAUCAUCAAUUAUGCUACAUUUGUCUUCUGUGAAGCAUACUUGUGUCAAGUUAUCUAUGAGGAUUGGUGCUUGUGUGCGGGAGAAGGAGGAAAUUUCAGCUGAUGGGAUGUGAAAAAGUACAUAGUAAGAGACAGAGGAACAAGUGAAAAUGUGUUUAUGGAGUGGUGGUUGAAGAUGCUGGGAAGAAGAAUGAAAAAAUGGUAAGAGGAGGUAAAGUUGGAAUGCCUUUGAAAAAUGGUAUAGCUUGCAAAAGAUGCGAGCUGCUAGGCUCAAGCUCAUGCUUGAGAAGGUAAGAGCAAAAAAUAAAAUUAUGAUGAUGGAUUUCUGUGAGGCCAU